CAGGGGCAGACUGACCAUUUGGAAACUCAGGCACUGCCUGAGGGCCCGGGGUCAGUAGGGGGCCCCAUGAGACGCCCCUGGUACCUUUUUCAUAAGCUUUUUUUUGUUUGGGCAAGGACACAGGGGCCCCAUGAUCCCCUAUUGCCCGGGGGCCCCAUGAGUUGUCAGUCCGCCCCUAUCUAAAGCAACUGCAAUUGCAGUACACUUCCAAGUGCAUAGCUUAUUUACCUUUAGUAAAUCAACCCCAAUGCCCA